GCGAGGGGGGCGUGGCCCCGCGGUCCCGCCCCCCCAAGUUGCCGCGCCGGGCGCGCGGGGCCGCGCCGCGACGGACCGACGGCUGGGCUGGCACCGGCUGGCAUCGCUGGCACCCGCGGGGAUCGGCUCGGCUCGGCCCGGCUCGGCCCCGGCCCGGCGCGGGAGGGGCGCGCUCCCCCCGAGCGGCGGCCCCGGGCCGCGGCCCCCCGUUGCGGUCGGAGAGGCGUGCAGCACCGGGCCCUGCGAUGCCGUUUGGCUGCGUGACGCUGGGAGACAAGAAAGAUUAUAACCAGCCGUCUGAGGUGACCGACAGAUAUGACCUGGGCCAGGUCAUCAAAACGGAGGAGUUCUGUGAAAUCUUCCGGGCCAAGGAGAAGACGACGGGGAAGUUGUACACCUGCAAGAAGUUUCUGAAGCGGGAUGGGCGGAAAGUGCGGAAGGCAGCCAAAAACGAGAUCAUCAUCCUCAAAAUGGUGAAGCACCCCAACAUCCUACAGCUGGUGGAUGUCUACAUCACCCGCAAGGAAUAUUUCAUCUUCCUGGAGCUGGCCACUGGCCGGGAGGUCUUCGACUGGAUCCUGGACCAGGGCUACUACUCGGAGAAGGACACCAGCAAUGUCAUCCGGCAGGUGCUGGAGGCUGUUGCCUACCUGCACUCCCUCAAGAUCGUCCACAGAAACCUCAAGCUGGAGAACCUGGUGUACUAUAACCGCCUGAAGAACUCCAAGAUCGUCAUCAGCGACUUCCACCUGGCCAAGCUGGAGAACGGGCUCAUUAAGGAGCCCUGUGGCACCCCUGAGUACCUGGCUCCGGAGGUGGUGGGGCGGCAGCGGUACGGGCGGCCGGUGGACUGCUGGGCCAUCGGCGUCAUCAUGUACAUCCUCCUCUCGGGAAACCCCCCUUUCUACGAGGAGGCGGACGAGGAUGACUAUGAGAACCACGACAAGAACCUCUUCCGCAAAAUCCUGGCUGGGGACUACGAGUUCGACCCGCCGUACUGGGAUGACAUCUCGCAAGCGGCUAAGGAGCUGGUGACACGCCUGAUGGAGGUGGAGCAGGACCAGAGGAUCACAGCAGAGGAGGCCAUCUCCCACGAGUGGAUCUCUGGGAAUGCUGCCUCUGACAAGAACAUCAAGGACGGCGUCUGUGCCCAGAUCGAGAAGAACUUCGCCCGGGCCAAGUGGAAGAAAGCCGUGCGAGUGACCACGCUCAUGAAACGCCUGCGGGCGCCUGAGCAGACGGAGACGGCGGCAGCCCCGGCAGCGACCCCGGCCCCGGCAGCGACCCCGGCCCCGGCAGCUACCCCGGCUCCGGCAGCGGCUCCGACCCCCGCAGCAACUCCAGCCCCGGCAGCGACCCCGGCCCCAGCAGCUACCCCGGCUCCGGCAGCGACCACGGCCGCCGCCCCGGCUCCCGCCGCCGCGGCCACGGAGCCCGCGGCCGCAGAGCCCGCCACCGACACGGCCCCGGCCCCGGCCCCGGGCACGGAGCCCGCAGCCCCCUCCGCCACCGCCCCGGAGCCCGCAGCCCCCGGCACGCCGCCCGCCGCCGCGCAGCCCCCGGCCCCCGGCACGCCGCCCGCCGCCACGCGUGACGAGGCCGGGGCCGCCGCCGAGCCCCCCGGCGAGCAGAGCGGCUGAGCGGCCCCGCGCCCCCUGUAGAUAGCCCCGGCAUGGCCCCCAGCCCCGCCUGCGCCCCCUUUUCUACGUGCCCCGCCGGAGAGCCGGCCGCGGGGCAGAGCCCUGCAUGGCGCCCGUUCCCCCGUGUCCUCGCAGCUCUCUCAGUCUGUCCCCCGCCGCCGUCCCCUGCCCCGGGGAUGCCCAGAGACGCGGGGCAGCCCCUGGCCCCGCAGCGCUGGGGGCAGCGCGGGGCCCGGGACCGCGGGCGGGGCCGCCCGGGACGGAGCGGGGCCGUCCCGGAGACCCCCUCUGCGUCCCGGCAUCCCCGGGGGGCACACGGGGACCCCCGCCCGGGGCAGCCGCACGGCCCCCACGCGUUGUGCCUGGAGGAACCCCCUGCCCCCCGCGCCCCCUCCCCGGCCCCGCUUCCCUCCCCCCUCGCAGCUGCAUGCCCGCCGGGCCGGCUCUGCCCGCGGCUGCCGCCCCGCGCCCCGCCGCUGUAUCUCCGGCAAAUAAAGCCCCCGCUGAGGACAAACUGAGACAGCACCAGCGCCGCCUGCCCGCUCUCUCUGUGCGGCCGGGGCAGCGGGCGAGGCGCGGCGGGCAGCGAGGGCAGCGCGGCCAGCGCCUGCCGCCGGGAACGAGCCCGGGAAGGAGCGCGGGUGCCAUGCCGGGAAGGAGCCCUGGAAGGAUCCCCGGUCCCAUCCCGGGAAGGAUCCCCGGUGCCAUCCCCGGUGCCAUCCCAGGAAGGAGCCCUGGAAGGAUGCCGGGUGCCAUCCCGGGAAGGAUCCCCGGUGCCAUCCCCGGUGCCAUCCCGGGAAGGAUCCCGGGUGCCAUCCCCGGUGCCAUCCCCGGUGCCAUCCCGGGAAGGAUCCCGGGUGCCAUCCCCGGUGCCAUCCCGGGAAGGAUCCCCGGUGCCAUCCCGGGUGCCAUCCCGGGAAGGAUCCCCGGUGCCAUCCCGGGGCACGGGCCCGGGGCCAAGCCCCGCCCACUCCCCCACCGGCCCCGCCCACUCCCCCACCGGCCCCGCCCCCGGAGGCCACGCCCACCCGGCCCGGCCCCACCGUUGGCCCCGCGCGGGCUCCCCUGAGGUCACUUCCGGGCGGGCCGGAAGCGGCGCGGGCGCGGUGGCGUUUGAACGGCGCAGGGCCGCGCGGGCGCUCGGCCCCGGGCCCCCACCCUGCGGAGCCGCCGCUCCCCGCGCCCGGCCCCGCCAUGCCCAUCCGCGCCCACUGCACCAUCUGCUCCGACUUCUUCGACAACGAGCGGGACGUGGCGGCCGUGCCCUGCGGGCACACCUUCCACCAGGCCUGGUGAGCGGCGGGCGGGCGGAGCUCGGGCCGGGCCGUGGGCUGCCAGCGAGGGCUCCGAGGAGCUCACGGAGCUGCCGCAGCAGGCCGGGCUGUGCUGCUCACGGGCUGGCCCGGGGGGUGGCGGAGUCGCCGUCCCUGGAGGCCUUUAAGGCAGGAGUGGCAGUGCACUUGGCAUGGAGCUGGUCGGUCAUGGGCCGGGCUCGAUCAUCUCGGAUCUUCUCCGACCCAGCUGAUUCUGUGCUGCCUGCAGGCUGCCUGCUCUCCUGCUCAGUGUCACAGGGAGUCGGUAUGGUGAAGCUGCCCUGGUAAUUCCGUGCUUUUCUAGGACCGUGUUGCGAAUAUCUGUGUUGAAAGGAAACGGUUCUUCUGAGGAAAUAAACUUUGCGUGGGGAGAGGGUGGGCACUUGCUUUCCUGGCUGUCGGGCUUGGAAAGGACCACGGGUGUGAUUGUCACUGCUCACUCAGCAGCGCUGCCCGGGCCGGCUCUGCCAGCAGCCAGCCGAGCAGGGAGAGCUUCCAGAGGUAACCUGCUCCCAAAAUAAACCUUUCCAGCACGGCGUGGUGGCUCGGUUGCACGGUGCAUCAGUGGCUGUCCUGGGGAGCCCGGCAGAGCAGCUCCUGUGUGCAUCCACCCGCUCCUGCGAAGCUGUAGCUCCUCAGUGCCUGUCUCCCAGAGAGAUCUGAGCUCUGCAAAAGCUCUGCCCUGUUAGAGAUAAGCCCACAUGCUAAAUUCAGCCAGGAAUUGUCUUGGAGAUGCGGGUGGAGCGCGGAGCUCCUGCCAGCCAGCGCUGCACUGAAGCCUCUUCCAGUGGUUUGACACCGCACCGAGCCGGACGUGCCCGCAGUGCAGGAACCAGGUCAGCAAAAGACACAUCAUCAGUAAGCUGUUUUUUGAUGUUACCCUGGACGAGCAAGCAGCACCGGAUGCUGAGACCUUGCAGCAGGUGCUUCCCAAGCUGGAGCUUGCUGUGCUUAUGUGUCUGACCUGAAGCACUUCAAUCUCUGUGGUGAUUUGGCAUUUCCUCUGAUCAAAUCCCAUGUGGUGACCCAAGGAGCCUCCUCUCCUUCCUGCUCUUCCUUCUGCUUCUCACUUUACCUGGAAAUCUGCUGAAACACCAUCACAUCAGACUGCUGUUCCUCCCUUGGGAAUGAGGGUACAGGGCUGUUCCCAAGGGCAGGAGAAGGGAAAUCCCAGGUGCAGUGAAUUGCUGCUGGUACCUGUGGUGUGGCUGUGUGUGAGCCCUGCUAACCCCUCUGGAGAGAGGGGCCCAUUGCAGGAAGUGCCUCCUGCUCCUCCCUCCUGUGCAGGAAGGUUGGUGGUGCAGAUUGAAGGGUGUGGGGCAGGGUGAUGAUAGUCAUGAUUCCCCAAGAGAGAGCUGGAAAGGAACUGCCUGAAGCCACACCAGCAGCAGUGAACAACGUGGAGGCUGGGUCUGGAGCUGGGACACUGGGUGGUGUGCUCCAAGUGCCACCUUUGGGUGCAGAGAGUUGGGUGUGAGUAGGGAUAAACACAGAGUGGCUGUUCCACGUUCUCUCCUUUGUGUAGUGUGGGUGAAACAGGGCUCCUUGUGUCUUGGAAUUAUCUGUUCCAAAAAAGGGUGGCCGGUUGACCUUGGUAUAACGGGAUGCUUGUACCCUCUUGUGUUUAGAAGCAGCAUGUGCAGCAAUUACCAUAAUUAGCAGUUGCCAUGACAAUUCUAUAUGUACUUUGUAUGUCUUUGAAAUAAAACCAGCCAGACUAGAA